CUUACGACAAAACAAACAAUAAUGCAAUGCUCAAUACGACAACGUUUCAUUAAAAACGUUUUCUCCUCUCUUCUACUUCCAUUUUGAAAUGGGCUUGUAUCUAUAUUUUUCAUCCUCCACCUCAUCAAAGGUGGAUGAUUAACUUUCAAUCCCUAACUUCUCUCUCUUACUUUAGCUUUCAAAUUUCACUGUCUCUUCUCUCUAAAGAGCCUCCAUUAUCCAGCCUUCCAUGGUUGCCGCCGGCUCCCUCAGGUGACUGGCAGCAACCCAAGUUUCUCUUUUCUUUCGCUUUUCUUGCUUUCCAUGAUCUCGAUCCUCUUGCCUAUGUUUUAGGUGUCUUUUCUCUAAAUAUUUCAAUAUCUCCAGCCGUUAUGACCUUCAAAAUCUAGGAUUUCCAGUUUAAAGGCUUGCUCAUUUGGGGGACUGGAGGUUGCAACUUAGGAAACUUGAUCUUCGCUAUAUGACAGUGCUCCUUGGUUGCCUAGAUCUUGUUUUGAAUUCAGGGUUUUAUUUCUCUCUCAGUAACCGAUCUUUCAAAGUUCAAUAAAGGGAUUCACUGGUAUCCUGGCUGGCCAUUUGUGUUAGUAAGUAUCGUGGGGGACUUGGACUCAGGGAUUUUGAUCUUUUCAAUUUAGCGAUGUUGGUGAAACAGGCAUGGAAGCUGUUACAGUCUCCAUCUUCAGUCCUUGCCCAAUUGUACAAGGUGAGAUACCAUUCUUCGUGUGACUUUCUUCACGCUCCAACUGGAAACCGACAAUCUUGGGCAUGGCAGGGGGUCCUCGAAGGGCGUAAGUUGCUUCUUAAAGGUUUGCGGUGGCAGGUAGGUUGUGGUACAUGUAUCAGAAUCCUUGACGACCUUUGGCUUCCCACCUCUCCUCCAUCUUCGCUCUCCCUUCUUCCAGGUAUUACACUUGACAACCCUUUCGUAGCUUCCCUCAUCAACCCCUUGACGCGUUCGUGGGAUCGAGACCUCCUCCAAGCUUUUUUCUCCCCCGACAAUAUUAAGUGGAUUCUUUCUAUUCCUAUUCCCUUAACACCAAAGCCCGACCGCCUCAUUUGGCAUUACUCAGAGACUGGUCAGUACACUGUGAAGUCAGGGUACCACCUCCUUUCCGAUGAGCGAGCUGAACUCUUCAACACCCUCCCUUCCCACCUGGAUUCUAGGUUCUGGAAAGUUCUUUGGAGCUUGCCUGUACCCGCGAAGCUGCGCGUGUUCCUAUGGAGGGUUGUGCGAGGAUUUCUCCCUUGCCUGGCUGUUUUGCACGCCAAAACCCUCUGUGAAUCUUCUGAGUGUCCUGUUUGUUCUGAAGAAAUAGAAUCUAUCUCCCACUGUUUAUUUGAUUGCAGGGUUGCUCGUGGAGUCUGGGAAGGCUCGACUCCGUGAGGAAUUAGCUGCUUUGCCUACUGACGAGGCAUGGGCGCAAGUGCUGACCUCAAGACAGCUUAGCAAACUAGAGAUGGCCGAGCUUGUUUUCCUCUCCUGGCGUAUCUGGAAAGCACGAUGCUGGGCCUGCUAUGAUCGAAUCCAAUAUCUUCCCGGUCCUUUAUUCCGCCAGUUUAGACAACAAAGUGAUGAAUGGUUAGAAGCUACAUCAACCCAGCCACGCGUUGCACAGGCCCGGCUUCGCCCACCCCCCCCCCCCCCCUAGCAGUCCACCCCAUCAUGCUCCCCAGGUGGCCUGUUAGUGCGUUUUGAUGGAGGUAUACGACAGGAUGUUGGUGGUAGCGUCGGGGUUAUUGGCUUCUCAUCGUCGGGGGCGAUCUCUUGUGCAUACGGUAAGUACUAUGCUGGUUUAUUUGACCCUUUUAUAAUGGAACUUUUGGCCUUAAGAGAUUCAAUGGAUUGGUGCUUAACUCGGGGUAUCUCCUCUGUUUGUUUUUGUGGGGACUCGCAACUGGUGAUUCGACACGUAUCGGAGGAGCGCCAAGAUCAUAAUCGUGGCGGGGCGAUUCUGGAAGAAAUCCGAUUGAUGAAAGCAUCCUUCGCGUUUAUUUGUUUCGUUUUUUCUCCCCUUAGAACUAACAGGGCUGGCCAUUGCGUGGCGAAAACAUCUCUUGCAUCGGCUAAUAAGCAAUUUGCUGAUUU